UCUAUUUAAACCACAUGCCUCACUUACCACCACUCAGGAAAUCAAUAGGCAAACACCAUACCAGCCAUUAUUUCCUCUCUCUACCCUCUUUCUCUCUCUACACUCUGAAUCUUGUCUGAGUUAUAAAUAUUUUUGCUACCAUAUAUAUAUAGUCACAUACCCAUUAUUUUUACAACUUUCAUAGCUAUAAUGGAAAAUGUUGAGAAUGUAAAUGCUGUCGUUUCGGGUAUUUGUUUGAAUGAUCCAUUGAAUUGGGGAGUGGCGGCUGAGUCCAUGAAGGGUAGUCACUUGGAUGAGGUGAAGCGCAUGGUGGUGGAGUACCGGAAGCCGGUGGUGCGACUGGGCGGCGAGACACUGACGAUAUCGCAGGUGGCAGCCAUUUCCAGCCGUGACAGCGGGGUUGAGGUGGUGCUGUCGGAGUCGGCGAGGGCCGGAGUGAAGGCCAGCAGUGACUGGGUGAUGGACAGCAUGAACAAAGGGACUGAUAGCUAUGGUGUCACUACUGGGUUUGGUGCCACGUCCCAUAGGAGGACCAAAAAUGGCGGGGCUCUACAAAAGGAGCUUAUUAGGUUUCUGAAUGCUGGUAUAUUUGGCAAUGGAACAGAGUCAUGCCACACACUUCCACACUCAGCAACAAGAGCAGCUAUGCUUGUUAGGAUCAACACUCUGCUCCAAGGAUACUCUGGCAUCAGAUUUGAAAUCCUGGAAGCAAUCACCAAGUUCCUCAACCACAACAUCACUCCAUGCUUGCCUUUACGCGGCACGAUCACCGCCUCAGGUGACCUGGUCCCCCUGUCCUACAUUGCCGGACUACUCACCGGCCGGCCUAAUUCCAAGGCGGUUGGACCAACCGGAGAAACCCUCAAUGCCGAGGAGGCCUUUCGCCUUGCUGGGGUUGAUGGCGGUUUCUUUGAGUUGCAGCCUAAGGAAGGCCUUGCACUUGUGAAUGGCACGGCUGUUGGUUCUGGCUUGGCCUCAAUGGUCCUUUUCGAGGCCAACGUUCUAGCAGUGUUGUCCGAAAUUAUGUCAGCCAUUUUCGCUGAAGUAAUGCAGGGGAAGCCCGAAUUCACUGACCAUUUGACACACAAACUGAAGCACCAUCCAGGCCAAAUUGAGGCUGCAGCUAUUAUGGAACACAUUUUGGAUGGAAGCUCUUAUGUUAAGGCUGCACAAAAGUUGCACGAAAUGGAUCCCCUGCAGAAGCCAAAGCAAGACCGGUAUGCUCUACGAACAUCUCCCCAAUGGCUCGGCCCUCAGAUUGAAGUCAUCCGAUCAUCGACCAAGUCCAUUGAAAGAGAGAUAAACUCUGUCAACGAUAACCCCUUGAUCGAUGUUUCGAGGAACAAGGCCUUACAUGGUGGCAAUUUCCAAGGUACCCCAAUUGGAGUGUCGAUGGACAACACUCGUUUGGCUAUUGCAGCCAUAGGAAAGUUGAUGUUUGCACAAUUUUCCGAGCUUGUUAAUGACUUUUACAACAAUGGGCUGCCAUCAAAUCUCUCUGGUGGGCGAAAUCCGAGCUUGGACUAUGGGUUCAAGGGAUCUGAGAUUGCUAUGGCCUCGUACUGUUCAGAACUCCAAUUUCUUGCUAAUCCAGUCACUAACCAUGUCCAAAGUGCUGAGCAACACAACCAAGAUGUGAACUCUCUGGGCUUGAUCUCCUCAAGAAAAACAGCUGAAGCUGUUGAUAUCUUGAAGCUCAUGUCAUCCACUUAUCUAGUUGCACUUUGCCAGGCCAUAGAUUUGAGGCACUUGGAGGAGAAUUUGAGGAACACUGUCAAGAACACGGUCAGCCAAGUCGCAAAGAAGACUCUAACCAUGGGUGUCAAUGGAGAGCUUCAUCCGUCAAGGUUUUGUGAGAAGGAUUUGCUUAGAGUGGUGGACAGAGAGCAUGUGUUUGCAUACAUUGAUGACCCCUGCAGUGCCACCUACCCAUUGAUGCAAAAACUAAGGCAAGUCCUGGUUGAGCACGCGCUGAAAAACAGCGACAGUGAGAAGAAUGUGAGCACUUCAAUCUUCCAAAAGAUUGGAGUUAUGGAGGAUGAACUCAAGACCCUUUUGCCUAAAGAGGUUGAGAGUGCAAGAAGUAUGUAUGAGAGUGGGAAUUCGACAAUUGCUAACCGGAUUAAGGAGUGCCGGUCUUAUCCAUUGUACAAAUUUGUGAGGGAAGAGCUGGGAACAGAGUUGUUGACGGGAGAGAAAGUCCGGUCGCCGGGCGAGGAGUGUGACAAGGUAUUCACUGCAAUGUGUGAAGGUAAAAUUAUUGAUCCAAUGUUGGAUUGUCUCAAGGAGUGGAAUGGUGCUCCUCUUCCAAUAUGUUAGCACAAAUUGCUGCAUUGGAACAUCAUUUUUCUAAUCCUUUUAUGUACUCUAGUCUUCGUUUUUUCAUGUUGUGCUCUCAUGUAAAAGUGUUUGUGGCUAAAAUUUUAUCAUGUCAAACUAAAUGUUACUGUUUAUAAUUGAUGAAUUAAUGUAUGAAGCUUCAAAUUUUUAUUUUGGUGA